UAGUGAUUGGACCAUUCAAAUGUAGGAAGCUGGAUGAUUGGGUGCUCCGAAGGUGUGGGCGUGGCUGGCGGGAAAGAGCGGACAGUUUGGCGAGCCCGAAAAGCGCUGCUCUGUCGAGAUGUCCGCGAGCGGCCGUCGCCGUCGCGGUGCCCUUGACAGUGGCUUCACAAUGGAUGAGACAGUUGCUGAGUAUAUUAGAAGGACUGUGCUGAAAAUCCCACGCCAUCAAAUCAUGGAAAUGUUAACGAUGUGGGAAUUCCUCUCCAAGACGCAGCUGGAAACCAUUAAUGUGCAUCAGCUGAAGGAAAGAAUUUCCCAAGAAGUGGUGGAGCUUUGUGAGGAAAACUCUGCAAGUAUCAAGCAAGCAGCCAUUCUAGACAUGAUUUACAACUACACCUAUCGAAACAAGAAAGUUUGGACUGUUUACCAAAUGACCAAAGCAGCGGGUGAAGAAACUGACUCUUUUAACUUGGCAGAUUUCAAAUACAAAUUUAAGAGAAGUCUUCGGUCAGCUCUGAAAAAUGUGACUAUCAACUUCAGAGAAUAUGAGGAUAAUGCAAUAUGGAUUCGAAUUGCUUGGGGAACACAGUAUACAAAACCAAACCAGUACAAAGCUACUUAUGUCGUGUAUCACUCGCAAACUCCCUAUGUCUUCAUUUCCAGUCUUAGGAGCAGCAUACCUCUGCUUUGUCAGGCACUGGUUCAUGCUUCCAAUUACCAUGACAUCCAUGAAAUGGAGCUCCGAAGCCGUUGUAUAGACUCCCUUAAAGAUAUUGUGUUCAAGAGGUAUAGCCAGACCUUCCAAACAUAUCACCCAAGACCUCUACAAGAAAGAAAUGUUGCUCCAGAAAAGGUGGAUCCGAGGAUAAUUCAAGAAAAUAAAAGGGAAAAAGAGAGAAUCCAGAGUGUGAAUCAGGAGGUCUUUGGUGAGGGUCUCCAACCAAAAAUAGAAUUUGCACAAUAUAAGCUUGAAACAAUGUUUAAAGGUGAACCUGAAAUGGACAUUCUGACUGAAAAAGAACCAUUCAGAUGUGUAGUCAAAUUUUCCAGUCCCCAUCUUUUAGAAGCAUUGAAAUCCUUAGCACCAGCAGGUAUGGCUGAUGCACCUCUUUCACCAUUACUUACAUGCAUACCACAAAAAGCCAGGAACUAUUUUAAAAUUAAAGAGCGAAAAGGCAUACUUUCAGCAAGCUGUCUAGGCCCCUGACUUUUUUUUUACUGCAAAGACUCAUUCACAGAGAAUUAUACAUAUAUAAUGUAUUUAACUACUGUAUUUAAUCAAAAGAUACAUUUCAGAACCAUUUUUAAAGCUAAUUUAUUCUUUGGUAAUACCUUGUAUCCUUUUAAAUGAUAGUUUACAUUUAAGGUAAUACUUUUUCCCUACUGUUCAUUUUUAACAAAUGGGUUAGCCAAUGAGAUUGACUAAUGGCCUGUCGUCUAGCAGAUAGCUGAAUUUACUGUUUCAGCCAAUUAAACUAGUUCAUUGAAGUUCUUCUGUGGAUCAUAAUGUAUUUGGUGGAUGUACACAAUAAAUUAGAGAACAGAUCUAAUCAGAAUGCAAUAAGUCAAGUAAUGUGGCAGAUUAGUGUUCUUUCACUGUAUUAGCACCACUUAACAAAACAGUUAAGUCUGCAGUCUGUCAUCUAGCAUCAAAGACAUUAAUUCUGAGUGAGAAUGUCAGGAGACCAAUAUACACUACUGGGAAAACUAACAUUCUAGCCUUACCUUGAUGUUUUCAUUUUUCAACAGAAGACUUCCUUCCUGUGACAAUAUUCUAUUGUCAUGACUUCAUUGAUAGUGAGAUGCAUUUUUAAUGUUUUGUUUUGUUUUUUAAUGAGGUUUUGGGUUUGAUUGACUAGCAAAAGCUGGUAUCAAACAUUUGGUGCAUAUUUUUCAUAUCCUUAAAAUGGUAUUAAACGUCUAACAAACAGAUGUGAUACUUAAUGUACAAUAGGUUUUUAAUUAUUUAUUUUAUCAAAAGACUGAGUAACUAGGUAUCUAAACAAUUAAAGAUAGUUACUUAAGUUUCACCAUAAGAUUAAGACACUGAAACUUUCUGUUGAAGCAAAUUACUUUUUAAGAGUAAAUUAUAAAGAAGUAACACUCUUAAGAUUAAGGGCCUACAAAGUGCAUCAUUAGGGCUGUGCACAUAUCCCUAGUUACUACAAUAUCUUUUUAAUAUAGCUGGUAAGGGGAAAAAAUUCUGACUACUGCACGUGAAUUGCUGUUCAUGAUGUGUGUGAAAUAAGUUAGAUGUGAGAGAUGCAAAACCCAAGCUAUAUAUACUUAGACAAAUCUCUGGGCACUUAUCUGACAACAAAUACUAACUGUAAUAAACUAUAAAUGGCUGAGGUAAUCUGCUAAAUAGUCUCAUUUGGGCCCAAGUUAGUAAUAUAUCAAAGCGCAUGCCCAAGUUUGAACAUGUCAGUAGUCCCAUUGACUUCAGUAGAACUAUUCAUGUGCAUACAGUUAGGCAUGUGUUUUGUACCUCACUGAAAGGUAGUCCUUUCAAGAUAAGACCAUCUGCUACUAAUGAAGUCCAAAAGCAAAGUUUCCAUCUGACCUUAAUGGAUGUAAGAUCAGACCCAAAGUUUGUAAUCACCAAGAGCAACAGCCAGUAAGGAACUUGUCUAUUUUUAAUUAUACUUGUGUCUUUUUCUGUGGCUAUUUUGAGAUUUCAUCAUGGGUCUUACCGUAAAACAUAAUGCAGCUGGUAUAACUUUUACUUUGGGGAAGUAGUGUUUCUGAAUGCAUAUCUUACUAGGGUCUGAUCCUGCCACACUCCUUGCACACUAAAACUUUUGACUUUGUGUACAUAAAGAUUGCAGAACCAAGCUAAUGUAGUGUUAAAGCAGAAAUAGGGUUUGCAGUAGAGUUCUAAGUGUUAAUAAUUAAACAGCCAUUUUGAAUUUCACUCAUUUAAUAUUUUAAGCUACAGAUGUAAUUUACUUGGUUUGAAGAUCACUUGUAUUGUUCAAAAUGUCUCUCUUGGAUUCCGUGUUGGUUAGCAAUUUAUUGUUGAUGUAUUUUGUGUAUUUGAAUUUUUUAUUCACUUAGAUAAUGUCCAUAUGCGGAGAGAAUUUUUCAGAAAGGUUGUGGUAUAGCAUACUAAACUAUUUUGUUAAGUUUUGUGUGAUUUUGUUUUUGUUACAUUUGAAAGGACCAAUAAAAAUUUAAAGUAGAA